AUGCACAGCUCGACUACUUCCGCCCUUCUCCUCACCUCCCUCAUCUCUGCCGCAUCUGCAUUCGUCCCCAUGCAGAUCGCACCACUACCCACAGACCUUGAUACAAAUGGCUGGAAAGCAUUCACAACACUGCCGGCAGAACCAGUGCCAACGGCAGCCUCAUCAUCUCCGCAACCCACACCAACCGAAACGUCCGAAGAGAUUUUCGAGAUUCUCCCUUUUCCAGUUCCUAGCGACCCUGCCGAGCUGAAGAAACGACAGGGAGUCAACGCAGCCAUCCCUCCUGUCGUUACCCAAGUUUCUCCCAUCACAACAUAUCAGAUAGACGGGGUUGUAAAUGGCGUUGCAACAAGACUUAAUGUGGUCUAUACUCAAACAUUCAAUCCUAUUCCAGAUCAAUGGCCUAGUCCUACCGAAGCAGGAACCAUUGGCUUGGGCACGAUCGUAGGCGAGAUUGGCGUGGUCAAGACAAAGCGGAGUCUUCCUACACAAGCGCCAUUAGCAGAAUCGCCCGACCCAAGCCCAACGGCAAAAUCCCCUGAAGCUGAGAAUAUUCCUUUGUUAGAGAAGCUACGGAAGGCAGGCAAGGAGAUGCAAGCAGAAGUAGAGGAGCUACUGAACAAGGUGAAGAAACCUGCAUUUGAGGGUAAUACAUUAAUGGACAAGUUGCGAAAAGCGGGCAAAGAGGUUCAAGAAGAGGUUGAAGAAUUACUCAACAAAGUGAAGAAACCUGCUGGCGAGAAGAACGAAGAUUCCAGCCUGCCUUUGGAAAAAGAGUUCAGAUCCCCAACUUCAGCGUCCUCCACGAGCAAGGUCCCAAUCCCUUUCGGCACACCAUCGGGCUCUGAGGAGGUGUCAACAGAGCCCUUCCACUUCAACAGCGGUUCUGAAAACAAGGGAGCCUCAAAUCUACUACCUGAGGAACGAAUCCAUGGAAACGAUGCUCGUGUUCUCAAAGCCGGAUCUCUCGCAAUCAUUGCUGUUACGAUCGGCACUCUGUGUGUCAAUUAUCUAUGA